GAUCGAUCCUUUUCUCUUCUCAUCCUUACAUUCACUACCCUUACACUUACACAUCAUGGCACCAAAAAAGGAAAACAGCAAAGUGGCGGCUGCCAACGAGCGCAAGGCCGCAGCCCAAAACCAGAAGAACGCCAAGAAAGCUGUUGAACAAGAAUCUGCCGAAGCUGCCGAGUGGUCAAAGGGCUCCAAGGCCAACAAGAAGGAAGCUGAGGAACAAAAGAGACAAGAGCUAUUGGCCAAGAAGCGCGAGGCCCAGCGUGCCCUUGAGGAGGAGGAGAAGACUCUGAAGAGCAAGCCAAGCAAGCCCGUCAAGGGAGAGGAGAAAAAAGCAGUGAAGAAGGCCCAGAAGGUCGAGGCAUUCUCGAGCGAGACCAAGCCUGUGGAAGAGUUUUCUGCCUCGAACAUUGAUGAUGCUCUUGACCUCCUAACGCUCACUGGACCCUCGACUGGCGGUUCUGGACAAGCACCCAUUACCACCGGCAAGGGCAAGGAUGUUGAUCGUCAUCCAGAGCGUCGUUUCAAGGCUGCAUUCGCUGCAUACGUAGAGCGCGAGAUGCCCAUUUUGAAGAAGGAGCAUCCUGGACUGAGACAGAACCAGAUGCAGGAUAUGCUGUACAAGCAAUUUCAGAAGUCGCCCGAAAACCCGUUCAACCAGGCCAACGUUCUUGCCUAUGAUGCCAACAAGGAGGAGGAGCGUGCGCAUGUUGAGGAUCGCAGACAGGGUAUUGCUAGCCGCUUGAAGGCGUAAAGCAACGAACCAAUGAAGGCGUUGUUUUUUCAACACCAAGGAUAGAUGCCGCAGUAAGACUUGACUAAGAAUUGCACACAGGAGGGUCAUUGUUGGGCGAUAUAAUCAUACAAUUAAAGUAGAGAAACAAGAAGAGGAUUUUUGAAGACACAGAAAAUGCAUUACAUCGUACAAUAUGAACGCUCAUAUGAAUAAUGGUUUAUUCUGGCAAUAUGAAGGUAUGAAAGUAAGUAAAAG